CGCUCGCCCGCUUAGGCAAGCAAGUUCUCCGGCGGAGCCCGGGCACAUGGUGAGAGGAAACGAGAGGCAAGGACUUCGCCGCUGCAGCCCCGGCCGUUUGGAUUAAAGAGAGGUUUCUUGACAUGGCAGCCUGAGCAGCCGGAGGGGAAAAAAAAGAAAGGCAGAGGCGGGGGAGGAGGAGGAGGAAUAGAAGAAGAGCACCUCACCAGGUGCCUCUUAUACCAUUUCUCUUGUGAAGGCUAUUCAGUUCUGGAGACCUUUUUUAAUCGAACACUCUACAAAUUAUUACCUCUGGACUCCCAGCUGACAUCCUGCUGGAGGCUAUAGCUACUAAGCCAACUGGAACUGUGCCCAUUGUCUUGUCAAGGAUUUUUUGUUUUCUUACACAGGGAGAAGAAGUGAAAAUGAAGCUGGGCAAAGUGGAGUUUUGCCAUUUUUUGCAGAUAAUAGCUCUUUUCCUCUGUCUUUCUGGGAUGAGUCAAACAGAACUUCCAAGGUCCAAAUCAAAGCCCUAUUUCCAGUCUGGGAGAUCACGAACCAAGCGCAGUUGGGUGUGGAAUCAGUUCUUUGUGCUAGAGGAGUACAUGGGAACCGAUCCUCUCUAUGUAGGUUAGCUUCACUCUGAUGUUGAUAAAGGAGAUGGCUCCAUCAAAUACAUCUUGUCAGGAGAAGGGGCAAGUUCCAUUUUCAUUAUUGAUGAGAACACAGGGGAUAUUCAUGCUACAAAGAGGCUUGAUCGGGAGGAGCAGGCCUACUACACCCUCCGAGCCCAAGCACUGGAUAGACUGACAAAUAAGCCCGUGGAGCCAGAGUCAGAAUUCGUCAUUAAGAUUCAGGACAUCAAUGACAAUGAGCCUAAAUUUCUGGAUGGUCCUUACACUGCUGGAGUACCAGAAAUGUCUCCUGUAGGAACCUCUGUGGUACAAGUAACAGCAACAGAUGCAGAUGACCCUACGUAUGGCAAUAGUGCCAGAGUGGUUUACAGCAUUCUUCAAGGGCAGCCUUACUUUUCUGUGGAACCAAAGACAGGUAUUAUCAAAACUGCACUUCCCAAUAUGGACAGAGAAGCAAAAGACCAGUACUUACUUGUCAUUCAAGCAAAAGAUAUGGUUGGUCAAAAUGGAGGCCUCUCUGGGACCACUUCCGUCACUGUGACUCUUACAGAUGUCAACGAUAACCCUCCACGUUUUCCCCGCAGGUCCUAUCAGUAUAAUGUCCCAGAAUCACUACUGGUGGCUUCAGUGGUGGCUAGACUGAAAGCUGUAGAUGCUGAUGUGGGACCUAAUGCCGAAAUGGAAUAUAAGAUUGUGGAUGGUGAUGGUUUGGGAGUCUUCAAAAUUACAGUGGACAAAGAGACACAAGAAGGAAUCAUUACAAUACAGAAGGAACUGGAUUAUGAGGCCAAGGCCAGUUAUACCUUGAGGAUAGAAGCUGCAAAUAAGCAGGUUGAUCCUCGUUUUCUUAGCCUUGGGCCGUUCAGUGAUAUGACAACAGUGAAAAUCAUUGUAGAGGAUGUAGACGAACCACCUGUAUUUACUUCACGCUUAUACACUAUGGUGGUAUCUGAAGCAGCCAAAGUGGGUACCAUCAUUGGAACUGUAGCAGCCCAUGACCCAGACGCAUCUAACAGUCCUGUCAGGUACUCAAUAGAUCGAAACACAGACUUGGAGAGAUAUUUCAACAUUGAUGCCAACAGUGGGGUCAUUACCACAGCAAAACUGUUGGACAGAGAAACAAAUGCUGUCCAUAAUAUCACAGUCUUGGCUAUGGAAAGCCAAAACCCCUCACAAAUUGGGAGAGGAUAUGUGGCCAUCACUAUCCUUGACAUCAAUGACAACGCUCCUGAGUUUGCCAUGGAUUAUGAAACUACUGUCUGUGAAAACGCAGAACCCGGCCAGGUAAUUCAGAGAAUCAGUGCCAUUGACAAAGAUGAUCCCCCGAGUGGUCAUCAGUUUUCCUUUAGUUUGGCAGGAGAUGCAGCAAAUAACCACAAUUUUACAUUACAAGAUAAUAAAGACAACACAGCAUCUGUAUUAACCAGACGGAAUGGAUUUCGAAGGCAGGAGCAGUCAGUAUACUAUUUGCCAGUGUUCAUUGUGGACAGUGGCUCUCCUUCACUCAGUAGCACCAACACACUCACUAUACGAGUAUGCGAUUGUGAUGCAGAUGGAAUUGCCCAAACAUGUAAUGCAGAAGCCUACAUCUUGCCAGCAGGACUAAGUACUGGAGCACUGAUAGCUAUCCUGGCUUGUGUUCUGACAUUGCUAGUGCUCGUUUUGCUGAUUGUCACAAUGAGAAGAAGGAAAAAAGAGCCUCUUGUUUUUGAUGAAGAGAGAGAUAUCAGGGAAAACAUUGUGCGAUAUGAUGAUGAAGGAGGUGGAGAGGAAGAUACAGAGGCCUUUGAUAUGGCUGCCUUGAGGAAUCUCAAUAUCAUUCGAGAUACAAAAACCAGGAGGGAUGUGACUCCAGAGAUCCAGUUCCUGAGCAGACCAUCAUUUAAAAGCAUCCCAGAUAAUGUGAUUUUUCGGGAGUUUAUUUGGGAAAGAUUAAAAGAGGCUGACGUGGAUCCCUGCGCUCCACCCUAUGAUUCCCUGCAGACAUAUGCAUUUGAGGGGAAUGGUUCAGUGGCUGAGUCACUUAGCUCCUUAGAUUCUAUCAGUUCAAACUCUGAUCAGAAUUAUGAUUACCUCAGUGACUGGGGUCCUCGUUUUAAACGGCUUGCAGACAUGUAUGGAACUGGACCAGAAAAUUUGUAUUCAUAGCCUUUGAAUCUUUUUAUGACAGUGCACUAAAGGAUAACAAAAGCGAAAAACUCAAUAUUGGGACUAAGAAAAUCUGUAAAUAUUUCUCCAUUUUUAACUUUUUGGGUUUGGGUUUUUUAAUUUUUUUGUUUUUGUUUUGCCUUGUUGAAGCAUAUCUCCAUUAGAACUUUGUACUAGGACUGCACUGAACACAGAGGUUCUGAGCGACUAAUGGCAUUUUUAGUAAUAUUUAGGUGCUCAGACAUGUGCAAAUAGAUGGCAACCUUUCCAUACCCACAGAGGCAACUGACCUCUUAAGAGUAAGUAGUGCACUGUGACUUCAAUGAGCCAAUGAUACCCUGUAGAUGCCUUCACAGUACUGCUGGGUCUAGACUGCAGAAUCUCUGCCUGGUAGAGAGAAAGACAACAUUCACCAUUUACAAUACUAUUGCAGUAUAUUGCUGGAAAUCCUGUUGCAUAAUACAGUAGAUUCACUGAAUCAGUGGAGAUUUGGUGAGUGAAUUCCUCCAUAAAUUCCAGUGGGCCUAUAGCAAUUAUGACUUGCUACCCUAAGUCACAAUUGAGGUAUUCAAAUGAACUGAAGAGAUUUACAAAGAAGUAAGAUCAAUACAACCUACUACCCUAAGCAACAGGAUUUCGGUCAUACUAUAUUACCAAUGCAAAGUUAAGUAUUCUAUUUACAGUGCUGCAUGCAAUUCACUGGCUCAAAAUAUAUCCAACACAAUGGACUUUUAAGAUAUUGGUUUUGCAAGCUAAUUCAUCCAAGCACCUUUGUAAAUAUCCAGGUAAAUCUGAAAAGAGAUUGCAAUUCAAAUCUGCAACAUAUGCUAUAUUGCCUUAUCAAAAUUCUUCAGAAGGUACGUUAGUUGGAAAGCUGGAACAUGAUUCUUGCAGUUUUGUGAUGCCUAUGUAGGUAUGGGGGAAGUUGCUGUCUAUUUAUUGUGUUUUUUUAAUGUUAUUAUCUCUUCUGAUUAGUACAGGAGAAGUUAUACUUUCUCAUUUUUUAAAAUAAAAUGCUGACACGUAGAAGUAUGGUUAUUUUGGAGUUCCAGUUUCCAUCACAUUCAGGUUUAUUAUAUUGCAUCAUGGUAUUAGAUGCUUGAGAACAUGCUGUUUUUUCCUCCAGUCUCAGCUACAUGAAGGAAAUGAAGCAUGGAAAUAGAGAAAUUACAGUGAAGCAAUUGAACCCGUCGUUCAUCUCUCUGAGAGGAACACAGCUACAAGGACACACCACUGUCAUUGUUCUUCUGAGCCAUUACAAUGUCUGGGGUUUUUGAAUAAAAUGUUUGUACUUUGCAUUUUCAAAGGGAGACAACAGAGGCAGCUAGGGGUGUCUGUAAUGGAAGUUGUAGUUUUCAAGGUCGUUCAUUCUGUGUGCUCCAGUGAUUUAAAUAAACCUACUCCUUCCAUCAAGUUCCCUACCUCUUGGUGCUGUGGAAUCACAGGAAAGGACUUUUUUACAUUUCUUUCAUAUGUUAAGCAGUAUGAUGCGAUUAGCACCAGAGUCCGUCUUCAGAUCCCAACGCACAUAAGUAUUUUCCCCCAGGGAGCUAACUUCAUAACACAUCAUCUUUGUGCUGGUUCAGGUGUGCCAAACGUGAAGGAUGAUUGCAGUCAGUUAAAAUAAUGUUGGAGUUUUUGAAGUAAUAUUUCUUAGAAUAUGACAAGUUUUUAUGAUUCAGGCAAUAUUUAUAUUUUAGCUGUCCUGAUUUAUUACUAGCAAAUAAGACAUGGAUUCAAGUAGAAUAGUGCUUUAUUUUAAUAGUCUUUUCCUAUUUUCUUCUUUCUCCCUCCAUCUCUCUAAAUAUUACUCAUUGUGUUCCUGAAAAAGGACCAAUCCUGAUAAUAUUUACCAAUAUCCUUAGUCUUCAAGACUUUGCAGCAGCUACAUAUAUGAAAAUAGCACUAGAAUCAAAGUGUUUGUAGGACUAGGAUGAAGGUCUUGAGGAAGUAGGGAUUCCAUAGAACAGAAGUUCUUAGAGUCUGUUGUGAGCCACCCUGUGGCAAGAAGCAAAUGGUUUAAGCCUACCCAAAUUUUGUAGCUGAUCCAGAAUUCACUAGAUGAGCCUAUUAUUGUCCCAGGUAGAAAGUUCAACAGACAGCCAUAUCAGAGAAGGGCCACUGGAAUGGCUUGUGCACUCAUGAAGGAGUGAAUGUUCUUUUAACAGCUGAGGAGUGAUCAGCUAACACAGCCUUCCUGUUACGUAGCUGCAGUUCUUUAUAGGUUCAUACUCUGCAUAGUGAACAAAAUGGUGUAAGAGAGUAGCUUAUGUUGAUAAGUAUAUGGAGCAAUGUUGAUAAGUAUAUGGAGGCCCACCAAGCGGCUUUAGAAUCCAGGAUAUAGGAUUCCUUUUGGAUAAGAACUUUUGUGGGGUGGAAAUCCUGAAUAUAUAUGCAGUGCAAUGGAAGGAGAAAUUACCUUAAGCUCUGUAAUUCUUGCAGCUCAGCAUUAUUAAUGAACUAAUGAAAGUGGCCUUCAGUUUCAUCAAAUAAAUAAAAUUUGAUCAUGCACAACA